UUUUUCUUCUUUUUUUCUACGGAUUAAUAGGUCAAAGAAUGCAAGGAUGAGAAUCCGGAAUUGAGAUGUGGAUACUGGUCAUGCCGUCCUAAAAUCCUCCAAAACUGCAAUAAUCCAAAAUGCCUUCUUCUGUUUCUGUCUUUCUUUGCAAUGGCACAAGGCUUUGUGGUAAACGGUAUCAACAAUGUAAGUACAACUUCUGUUGAGAGACGGUUUCAGUUGCCUAGCAGCCGUGUAGGUAUGAUCUCUAGCUCCUAUGACCUGUCGGCUGCCAUCUUAGGAAUUUUUAUAAGUUUUAUGGGCUCCGGGCGUCAGAAAGCGAAAUGGUUAGCAUGGGCGUGUCUAACCAUGGCAGUUGGGUCUUUUGUUAUGGCUCUGCCCCAUUUUACAUCCGGAAAAUACGAAUGGGGACAGAAUAUAGCACUAGCAUGUACAAAAGAAGAUGUUACAGCUAACUGUGACGGCGACUCGGAGUUACAGAAUUAUUUAUAUGUGCUAAUACUGGGCCAGUUGUUGCACGGUCUCGGCGGCACGACGUUAUAUACCGUCGGGGUGUCGCUGAUUGACGACAGCGUCCCCGCCAGUAGCUCACCGAUGUAUAUAGGUAUUAUGUACGCCUUUGCGACUCUAGGUCCAGCUAUGGGAUACAUCAUCGGUGGACAACUGCUAGAUAUUUAUGUAGAUUUUGAUACAGUGCCUUUAUCAGAUGUCCGAAUAAAUCCGGAUGAUCCUCGGUGGGUUGGGGCAUGGUGGAUAGGUUUUGUCAUAGCUUCAAUUUUGUUUGUAUUAGCCGCCGUACCAAUAUCACUGUUUGGGGCGGAGCUACCAACCGCCAGACAUGUGCGUGAAACCCGUGUUUCAGAGAUGCACGGUGAUGACGGUUCAAUGGCCGUGCCCCUAGCCUCGGAGGGGAGGAAACUCCGGGACCUAAAAUAUUUACCUGCACAGAUACUCCAACUUCUUAAAACACCACCAUUUUUGUUCAUAACUUUAGCUGGCGCGACUGAAGGGAUGAUAACAUCCGGCUUUGCAACAUUUAUGCCCAAGUUUAUACAAAAUCAGUUCGGGGUCAGUGCUGGAUGGGCGGCCAUGCUCACUGGAUUUAUGGCUGUACCUGGUGCCGCCGGAGGUCAGUUUUUUGGCGGGUAUUUGUGUAAGUGCCUGAAACUCAAGGUAAAAGGUUGUAUACGGGUUGCCAUCAUAUGUUCGAGCUGUGCUUUGCUAGUGUCUUCUGUUUUAUGGAUAAGAUGUAGCCAUGACAACGUAGCAGGGGUAUCACGAGAAUAUUCAAAUAGUACGGAUUCGACGUUACCCCAGCUUACGCACCCGUGCAAUAUGGAUUGCCGAUGUCAUACGGAGUUGUACGAACCAGUGUGUGAUUCUCACGGCGUGCAAUAUUUCUCACCUUGUCAUGCCGGCUGUUCUGUAGUCUCAAAAGAUGCAGAGUCUUAUAGCUCAUGUUCGUGUGUAAUGCCAGAAUCAGGUAGCAACGUAUCCAUGGUGACCGUUGGAAAGUGCCAGGAUAAUUGUGAUAUGCUGUAUGUGUUCCUACCAAUGGUGUUCAUAGCAAUAUUUCUGCUGUUUGUUCCAUCCCCACCCGCUGUCGCUGCAACACUGAGAUGUAUACAUGACAGUCAUCGGACUUUGGGUCUUGGUUUAAAGUGGUUCAUUGUUAGACUUCUAGGCACAGUACCGGGUCCAAUCAUGUUCGGCGCAAUUAUUGACAACACCUGCAUUAUAUGGCGGGAAAAAUGUGGAAAACAUGCCUCGUGUUGGAUUUAUAGCAAUGAUGAACUUAGUUUGAACUUUUUCAUAUUUGUCGCCGCUUUUAAAAUCGUUUCUAUUUUAUUGUUUGUUUUAGCACAUCAACUGUAUAAGCCUCCUAAUGAAAAGAGUGUUAAAUUUGUAGUAAGUGAAAGUGAGACCAUUCAGUCCGAAUCUAUGACGUCAGGUGUAACCAUUGUAACAGAAAGUGACACCUGAUGCAAUUCAGGUUUUCAUGAUUGGAAAUCCCGUUCUUUCAACAGAGUGGCUGUGUAAUGUGAGGGGUGUUGUAGAAUUCUGUGUUCCAGAUUUUAAACCAAGAACAGUGACGAAACAAAUAGAAUGUAGUGUAAACAUGGCGGACAUUUGCUAACAAUCAAAAUGGUGGCGUAAUAACUAUCAAAAGAAACGAAGAUAUUAACUCUCUUAUCUACUGACAUAGAUAUAUGUGGAACUGCUCUAAACAUAAUUGAAUUAACUCAUAAUUUAUUGCGUCUUAAAAGUAGAGUGUCCUUGAAACUCUAUUUACUGACUUCUUAGAAACUUCGGCCUUUCUUUAAUAAACCAUGACAACUUGAUAUUCCUACUUCCGGUCGGCAAAAAUCCUGACAACACGAGUUUAAGUGUCUACUGAACAAUUGUUUUUUUUUAAGUACUCGAAAAUCUGACGACUGGCUCCAGGAGUUAAGAUUCAGGAAGUGGUACAUUAAGGUAUACACUAUUUAUAGUAAAUGUGUGUUAUGGAAAUUUAUUAAAGUUCCUAUAAGUUUAUUCUCAUAAUUUUUGAAAUAUUUAAAUUGGGACCAAUUUACAUGAAAUCAGCGAACAUUUAUCUGUUUAUAAGAGAAUCCAAUGUAUUUUGUUGAAGGGCGGCUGCGAACAGUGAUAGUUACCUGCGUUUGAGAUAUUUAAAUCAUUUAUGUAAUAUUUUAUGGGAGUGAUUAUAUGAAUAUCCUGUAAAUGCUCUGUUAUGGAAAGAAAAGUUUGUAUCAUAAACAUUGGCGUUUCAUAUGUUACAUAUAAAAAUGCCAUAUUCAUUCAGGUCAAAAUUGAUAACAGUAAUACGGUGGCUGAUUUAUGUCAUGAAAUUGAAAAGAUGCAUGUGGCGGACAGAAAAGGUGAGAGUUUGAAAGAAUGGCAAUUUUCAUGCUCGUCGCAUGUUGCGAUUUCGCCUUUUGGCCUGUCAACGUCGCCGUACAAAAACAUUCAUUGUACGCCAUAGUUGCAUAGUUGUAGGUGACAAGAGAGACAACUCAUGCGAACAUAAUGAUUAAUAAUUUGAGAUUACAAUAUUCAUAACAAAGUAACGGGCCUUGAUAUACCUUAAAAUUAAAACAGGUGCCUAAAUUUCUUAAACGUAUAAAGUUGGUAUGUUAAAUCAGGACGUAAUAAUUUGCAUUCUGUUUAAAUCGUGGUAUACCACCUUUAAUCUAAAGUAGAAUAAACUUUGCAUUUGCUUUAACGGAUAUUACUGAAUUUUGCCUAUGUUACGCGAAAUGUUUAGAUGUUAUGCGAAAUGUUUAUAACAUAUUUUCAUAUAAUGAUAAGUAGAUAUUUUAAGCAUUUUGUUGCAGUAAAAUUCCAGCAGCAUUGUUGCAUGAACUGUGAUAACUAUAAUUAUUAUAUUUUGCAUAGUUUUUGUUCGCUGUUAUGUAAAUAUAUUUUUCUUUGAA